GCGGAGUCGCCAGGUGCGGGGUGGCCGGGGGUCGGGGUCGGGGUCCUCCGCCGGCGGGGGAUCGGGGCCGGGCAGCCCCUCCGCCGGCGGCUCCGGCAUGGCUGCGGCGGCCAGAGGGCGGAGCGGCGUCGAGGGGCGGUCCGCCGUAGCCAUCAUCCUGGGAAGGAGGAGCGAGGAGGAAGCGCGCACGUGAGACGCGAAGCGGAGAAAAGAACGGUAGGCUCGGCCCCGAGGAGCGUCCAGUCAGUGGAACAACGGAGGAGAUAGAACCACGCGGGGCAAGCCGAAAACAGAAGGAGGACUUUGCCCCGAGGAGUGUGCAAUCUGAUGUGUGAGCCGUGCCAGAAAGGAAGGAAGGAAGGGUCCUGCCCUGAGGAGCGCGCAGCUGUGUCAGCCGUGCCAAGCCGAAAAACAGGAAAGCAAGACUCUUGCCCCGAGGAGAAUGCAAUAUAGUGGUGGAGACUGCCCAGCAAAAAAAGAAGAAGGAAGGACGGAAGGAAAGGAAAAGGGACUUUGCCCCAAAGAGAAGCACAAUGUGGCUACACUAUCAUCCUGAUGGCCCUGUUCUGGUGCACAGAGGCCUUACCACUGGCCGUCACUGCCCUCUUCCCUGUCGUGCUGUUCCCACUUAUGGGGAUCAUGGAGUCCUCACAGGUGUGCAUGGAAUAUCUCAAGGACACCAACAUGCUCUUCAUUGGAGGGCUACUGGUGGCCAUCGCGGUGGAACACUGGAACCUUCACAAGCGCAUUGCCCUGUGUGUGCUGCUGCUAGUUGGGGUCAGACCUGCCUUACUAUUGAUGGGCUUCAUGGGGGUCACGGCCUUCCUCUCCAUGUGGAUCAGCAACACAGCUACCACUGCCAUGAUGGUGCCCAUUGCGUAUGCAGUUCUGGAGCAGAUGCACAAGUCGGAACAGGAAAGGUUGGCCACGGAGCGAGCAGAAGCCCGGAGUGGGAACGUCAACCAAGCCUUCGAGUUGCAGGAGACAGCUCACCAGCAGGCUAACGGACACGUGGUGACUGUGGAGAAAGAGGAGGUCCCAGGCAACCAGGAAGAGAUUGAACGGAAGCAUCAGAGCUUCUGCAAAGGAAUGAGCCUUGCAGUGUGUUACUCGGCCAGUAUUGGUGGGAUCGCGACCCUGACAGGCACUACUCCCAACCUGGUUCUAAAAGGACAAGUGGAUAGCCUCUUCCCUGACAACGACAACGCGGUGAACUUUGCCUCCUGGUUCAGCUUUGCUUUCCCAACCAUGCUGCUCCUUCUCGUGCUCUCCUGGGGUUGGCUCCAGCUGAUGUUCCUGGGCUGUGACUUCAGGAAGAAUUUCGGCUGUGGCGCAAGCGAGUCCGAGAGAGAGAGGUCAAAAAUGGCAUACAAUGUCAUCAAGGACGAGUACCGCGCCCUGGGCCCCAUGAAGUUCUCUGAGAUCAUUGUGCUGGUUCUCUUCAUUGUCCUGGUCCUCCUCUGGUUCACGAGGGAGCCAGGUUUCAUGCCAGGCUGGGCCAACGUCCUCUUCAGCACGGGUGGGAAGAGUUAUGUCACUGAUGCUACCGUGGUCAUCUUCAUUUCGUUCCUGAUGUUCCUGAUUCCUUCCGAGAUCUCGUGCUGCUACCAACAGAACAGCACCGAAGAAGGAGAGAGCAAAAAACAGCCACGGGUGACUCCAGCCCUGCUGGACUGGCCGACGGUCAAUCGGAAGAUGCCCUGGAACAUCGUCAUCCUGCUGGGAGGCGGGUUCGCCUUGGCCCAAGGCAGUGAGGCUUCUAAUCUUUCCAGUUGGCUCGGGAGCAAGCUGACCCCUUUGCAAAACAUCCCUCACCCUGCCAUCGCCUUCCUUCUCUGCCUCUUGGUUGCCGUCUUCACCGAGUGCACCAGCAAUGUUACCACCACCUCGCUCUUUCUCCCCAUCCUGGCUUCCAUGGCACAAGCCAUCUGCCUCAACCCUCUGUACGUGAUGCUACCCUGCACUCUCUCGGCCUCUCUGGCCUUCAUGCUUCCAGUGGCCACUCCCCCCAACGCCAUCGUCUUCUCCCAUGGACAGCUCCACGUCAUGGACAUGGUAAAAGCCGGCUGCAUGCUGAACCUGUUGGGGGUGCUUUCCAUCACCUUGGCCAUCAACACCUGGGCCUUCCCCAUCUUUGGCCUGCAUCACUUCCCAUCUUGGGCGAACAGUUCCCUGUGUGAUCCCGAAACAAACACCUCUCACACUGCACUGCUCACUUGGUGAGCCUCUGGGACUCUCACGUCUGGAGUAGCUGGUGCAACACCCCUCGAAUGCCGCCUGUAAGGUCCAAGGACCAGUAUGGGCAACGCAGCUGAGGUUCGUGGCCUCCCUGAGAUUUAUCUCCCUAGAAUGCCAACUGGAAUAAAACCCACCCAUGGCUAGUGUGGGUUGUGGCCACAGAAUCAGUCAAGAGUGCACAUCAAAUCAGUGAGGCCAUACCUUGUGUGUGUGAGCGAGAGAGAGACACACACACGUUAUCGUGUCAAUGCAUCGAUCUCCAUCUUGUCUAGGGAACACAUGUCCCACUCAGUGUGUGUGCGUGCGUGCGAGGGCUGUGCCGUCGGAUAGUUCUGACAGCAUUAUCGGAUCCGACAGUACCGCCCUCAGAACCAUCGGAAUUAAUUCUGAAACGCUUUGCAUAGUGCGCCUGUGUGUCAGAAAUGCAUUCUUGUGAUGCACAAACCCUGUGUAACUUCCAGGCAUUCCAGACAUGUGUGACCUGCAAGCAUCCCAGCCACACAAGUGAGCACUGUUAGCUUGAUUGAUGCCCAGCUCAAGUCUGACUGUCUACUGUUGGGGUGAGGCCAAGAAGUCAGAUUGCAGGACCAUCGAGCCAAUCUGCUGUAGGGCCUCUAGGGAAACCUGGGAAAGCGAAUGCUUGUGUUCUGAAGUAAAAAAUGAUUUUGGAGCAAACUUGCUUA